UUUAUUCAUUACAGUACCAGGCACAAUCAGUGGUGCCGAAUAGCAUAUACGCCAGGAGUGCAUUUAUCCAUAUAAUUACUCCCAACACUUACAAGCCGUCUCUUUUGAAACGCUCUCAUCGCGCCCUAAUAACCGUGGAGUCAUUUGUCUAAAUUGCCUCGGACGUUGGCCGUUCGUACAAUCCAUCGUCGAAAUGAGCGCCGAUGGCCCAGUCUUUUGGCCUAAUGAGUCCAACGAUGAUCUGAUGGUGGACUAUUCAGAGUUUCUUGAUGUAGAUGGCAGCUCUGGGUCUUCAGUUAACGGCGGUAAUGUCGUAACUCCAUUGCUGCCUUUAUAUCCUCCAUGGCCAUUUCCAACCAAGACGUACCUUUCAACUGCGACGAGCGACAGCUUUUGUGCAAAUUUUAACCAAGACCAUUCGGCCAUUAUAGACUCAGGGGUUACUUGUUACUCUGAGGCAGCUUCAUCGCCAAAAUUCAAGAAUAACAGUGAUAUUUUCAGACGUUGCCCGGAAGCUUCAGCUCAAGGUCGGGGGGGUUCUGAAGCCGCUUCGUGCAAAAGAUCCCGCCGUCAUCAAGAUGGAGCGAAGAUAAAGGCAUUAAAACACACGCGACAGAUGCGGUGGACAAAAGACGAAAAUUCGUCAGUAGGAGACUCGGACGAAGCAACGAAGAAAAAGCAAGCCCAUACCGUUAUUGAGCGGAGGUACCGCGACAAACUCAACAACAAUAUAAAACAGCUCUACCACACUCUGCUCGAAGCAAAACAGGGUUCGCGAGUAAGCCCCUUCCAAUUUUCCGACCAUCGAGAUUUCAGAGCUCCACCCAGACACAUCAAGAAGUCGGACAUCAUCAAUGACGCUAUCAAUUAUAUUCAUCAGACUGAAGUCGAUAUCCGACACAUGAAAACUGAGAUUUCACACUUACAAGCAAUGGUUCAGAUGCUGGAACAGCAGGAAAGACUCAUGGCUCCUACGAACUGGCACGGCUGACUUCUGAGGCUGGUCACAAUCAAAGCGGAAAGAGCAUCUUCAAUCACAAGGGAGACCUCAAGCCGGGACAUUUAAGCACCAUUUCAUGAGUUCUUCAUGAACGCUAUAUGGUCGGGCCUAGAAUGUAGAUAGUUCCCACGCCCGGUCGUUGGAAACCUACAUGGGUACGGGUCCAACAAAACACCUUUUAGGCGGUAUUACCGUUACAACCAUUGAAGAAGGUUCAUGGUACCAUAUCUUGGUUCCCUUUCAGCACUGGCAAAUCUAGGAGAAUCUGAGCCACCUCGGGCUCGAAAGAAUGUCACCCCUGAUUUUACUGUACACUUGCAUUGUGGGAUUUGUGUGCUGGUUCCUCGUGAUAGAGUGGCUCGCGACUCAUCGAAUGCCAACAUUGCGGAUUUGUUCACCACUCGACAGUUAUGUCCAUCGAAGCUGCAUUUAUGUCGCAGCAAACGGACUGCUGGAGGACCUCAACUCUCUGUCUCUAGGAAUUUAUACGGCUGGACUUGACUGUUCAGCUUUGGGCAUG